GUCAUCGUCACUUUUGUAUUUAUACAACAACUAUAGACAUUCUCUUAAAACUCUUUGGCAUCAUAAGUAACACACAAAAAAAAAAAAGGAUUGAAAAUGUUAUGUGCCUCUCAAGCAUCAAGAAGAGAUAUUUGCUCAACCAUGGAACCUUCUUCAGCGACGAUCCGGCUAGGUGGUCGAGCCAUCGACCGUCAUAACCCAAUCAUACGUGACGGUCGGAGGUUCACUCCUCCACCUUCUCCAAAUCAUAAUUCCUCCACCUCUUCUGCCUCUUCUUCUACUUAUCAUACUCCUCUUAAGACUAGACUAGGUCUAGAGAGUAGCGAGCAACCACGCGUUGCGAAGAGGAAGAGCAAGAAAGGUCAAUGUAACGGUGGUAAGACACCUAUUGGUUGUCCUAACAGUGACACUCCUCAAGGCUCUUCAAGGUACUUAUUGAGCAACCCGGUUUUCUUCGACGGGUUUGUGGAUUCUGAUCCGAUUCCGUUACCUAUCGAACCAGAGAUAACCAUGUGUGAUGAGUUGGAUAAGAUUCAUGAAGAUAGAUUGGUAAUAAACGCCUCUAAGCAUCUCUCUUCUUCUUCUUUCUUGGAGAAGAAGCAACCUGAUUUCUUUGAUGGGUUCUUGGAUUAUGACCCUGUUAUGUCUCCGGAUAAUCCUUUCUUUGAAUCUACAAAAGCUUCUCCGACAGCAUCUCAAAGCUCUCUUGAAGAUAAAGAUGUUUCAUCUCUUGAUCUCAAAUUCUCUCCUCCUCCUCCUCCACCCUCUCCACCACCACCGGAGAAGAGCUCAUCAUCCGAUCAAGUGGUAAUACUGAGAGUGUCACUUCACUGCAAAGGCUGUGCAGGGAAGGUCAAGAAACAUCUUUCAAAAUUGAAAGGAGUGACGUCGUUUAAGAUAGACUUCGCUGCAAAGAAGGUUACCGUGACGGGAGACGUAACACCAUUAACUGUGUUGUCGACUAUUUCCAAAGUUAAAAAUGCACAGUUCUGGCCUGAGAUUAUUAAGAAGUGAUCUAUUUUCUCUCUCUCUCUAUGUAUUCUAAAUUUCUAAUAUGUUGUUCUCUUCUUUCUUUCUUUUUUGCAAAAGGGUUAUACAUUGUUAUCUUUAUGUCUAAAAACAUCUGUGAAAAUGUUGAUCUCUUUUGUGCA